AUGGAUAGCGCGGACAAAGAGACGAGAUCGGACUCGUCGCGGAACGAUGGUGUCGUGGACGCAGAAGCAGCGGUCCCAGAAAGCCGCGUCGGUCGUGUAUUGAGUCGAAUUACAUCAGUACCAACAAAACAACCUGGCCCUCCACCCGAUGGCGGUUACGCUGCUUGGAUGGCAGCAAUGGCUGCUCAUUUCAUCUUCAUGGAUACAUGGGGCUUCAUCAACUCCUGGGGAGUCUUCCAAACAUAUUAUGUCGAACUGCUCCAGCGGCCACCUUCAGACGUGGCUUGGAUCGGUUCCAUCCAAGUCUUCUUACUCUUCUUCGUCGGCGCAUUUUCCGGACGAUUUACCGACGCAGGCUACUUUCGACCUCUGUACCUCUGUGGCUGUUUCCUCAUCUUGCUUGGAAUCUUCGCAACCUCAUGGUGCACGCAGUACUGGCAGCUCCUUCUUUCCCACGGUGUCUGUGUCGGUCUGGGCAACGGUCUUGCGUUCUGUCCGACGUUGGCGGUGCUGUCCACGUACUUUGACAAGAAACGAGCUCUCGCGAUUGGGAUUGCGGCCGUAGGUAGUGCUUCUGGCGGCUUGGUCUUUCCUAGUACGAUCCGCCAGAUGCUGCCUCAGGUCGGCUUCCCCUGGGCGAUGCGUACCCUGGGCUUCAUUCAGCUCGCUACUCUGACCAUCGGCUUCAUCUUCUUGAAGCCUCGACUGCCGCCACGGAAAAAGGCCCAGAUGGUGGACUUGACAGCCUUCAAGGAGCUAGAAUACUCCUUCUAUGCCGCCGGGGGGUUCUUCUCUUUCAUGGGAGUCUACUUCGCCUUCUACUACGCCGCCUCGUUCAGUCGAGACGAACUCGGCUUCUCCUAUCCAGACUCCCUCAACCUACUCUUGAUUCUCAACGGAAUCGGUUUCGUCGGACGCCUGGGCCCCAACUGGUUCGCUGACAAAGUCGGCACCAUCACGGUCUUCACCCCGAUGGCCUUCCUCUCCGGCGUUCUGACGUACUGCUGGAUCGCCGUCAAGUCCCCAGCGGGCCUCUACGCCUGGAGCGUCAUCUUCGGCAUCGUGGGAAACGCGGUGCAGGCCCUGUUCCCCGCGGGCGUCAGCGCCCUGACGACGGAUCCGAGCAAGCAGGGCACGCGGAUCGGAAUGAUCUUCACGAUUGUCAGCUUUGCGGUGUUGACCGGGCCGCCCAUAGCGGGAGCGAUCAUCACCGCCAGCGGCGGUCGAUACUACGGCGCCCAGGCGUAUGCGGCCAGUUGCCUCAUGGUCGGGACUUUCUUCCUGGCACUGGCGCGGAUAGUCAAGACGAAGAAAAAGGGCGAAGGGUGGUUCACAAAAAUCUAG